CGUUGUGCUAGUCGUUGGCAGCAACCUUCGAGUCCCAGUAGUGCAAUUCCCCGAAGACUUUGGCCUUGGCCUCCUCACUUCCACAGGCUCAGCUCCUGCUCUGAAAAACAAUGGCUUCCUCCUCCUCUUCGUUCUUCGCCAUCGAGCCGCUCGAGUGCGCCGAGGCCUGCCGCUGCGCCAUGGACGCCUGCUCCCUCUGCGGGAAGCGCCUGGCCGGGGACCGCGACAUCUUCAUGUACAGAGGGGACACGCCGUUCUGCAGCGAGGAGUGCAGGCACCGCCGGAUGGUGAGCGACGGCGUGGGCGCGCGCAAGAACAAGCCCUUCAACUUCAGCACGGAGCAUAGGCACGAGGCGCCUGCGGCCGCCGAGCCCGUCCGGGUCCGGAUCGCGGCAGACGUGCCCGUCGCGAACUAACCAGCAGGCGCAGAGCAGCAUCCGUUCGGCUCCAGUCGAGGAGGAGCCGACACUCCGAUCGAGAUGAGUAGCGGCAGAAUGUAGAAUGCAGGCAAAGCAAGGACGCGCCCUCGGCCUCGAGUAUCUUUGAGUUCUUUCUUUCUCGUUGUUGUCGAUCACGCUUUUUUUUUUUGUAUGUGAGCGAGUAUGCGAGAGAAAUGGGUGUACAUGACGGCAUUUCCCAGCA